AUGGCGUGUCCCACUUGCAAUGAACAUACUCCUUCCAUUGGCCUAAAUAGUAAGAUUGGAUAUGUUGGCCACAGACGUUUUCUCGAAAUGAGUGAUCCGAGAAGGAGAAGCAAAAAGUACAAUGGUAAGCCUGAGAAGAGAGCACCACCUCCUAUAUUGAUGGGGGAUGAUAUUUUAUCUCAAUUAGACCGAAUUCCAUUGACUUUGCCUGGAAAACACAAACAGUUCGGGGGUGUGAAACGGAAGCGUUCUCGUGAAGAGCUCAAUUGCUUUGUAGGUACUCUUCUAAGUAUCGACGGGAAGUUAAAGGAUAUCGACAAGGCGAGAAUGGAUUUGCAAGAUUUGCAAAUACGAAGAGAGUUGUUGUUGUAUGAAGACCGGAAUGGGAAGUGGAAAACGCCUCCAGCUAGUUACACACUUAGUGUUCAAGAACGGAUUGAAUUUGCAGACUUCAUAAAGUCUGUACGAUUUCCGGACGGUUUUCCAGCAAACUUAGACAAAAAUGUAAAUUUGGAUACGGGCAAGAUUUCCGGGCUCAAAUCACAUGAUUGUCAUGUGUUGUUACAACGUUUACUACCGGCAGGUAUCCGUAAGUUCUUGAAAAAAGAAAUCCGGGACACAAUCAUUGAGCUGUGUGUGUAUUUCAAACAAUUAUGCUCAAGAACACUUAAUGUUUCGGAUUUAGAAAAAAUGCAAACAAAUAUUCUAACUAUUUUGUGCAAGUUAGAAACAAUUUUUCCACCGGCUUUCUUCGACAUAAUGGUUCACGUAGUUAUGCAUCUCCCUAAAGAAGCUAUACUAGGUGGACCAGUGCAGUACAGGUGGAUGUAUCCCAUUGAGCGGUCAAUGUCUGUGUACAAGCAAUAUGUCAGGAAUCGUGCCCGUCCGGAAGGCUCUAUUGCUGAAUCUUUUGUGGUUAAUGAGGCAGUAACCUUUUGCUCAAUGUACUUUCGAGAAGUGGAAACUCGAUUCAACUGUCCUGACCGGAACAAUGACAUUGUCCAAAACAUGCCAACUCGACAAUUUUCUGUAUUCAAGCAUGUUGGCCGACCCCCUCGGUAUGAGGACAGUCGACACCUUACCCAUGCAAAUGAGCACAAGGAGUUGCUUCAAGCAAGGAGUGUAGGCAAUAUUGAAAAAGUGCAAGAGACUGAGUUCCCUGAAUGGUUCAAAACUCGAAUUAAUGAACUACGGUUGAGCAACCAGGGUGCAGUGUCAGAUGAGUUGUAUGCUAUCUCUAACCAAGCGAAUGCAGCAAUUUAUUUUUAUCCAGGGUGCAUAGUGAUCGGUAUUAAAUUUUUGGUCAAGGAAAGGGAUGAUAACCGCAAAACACAAAAUAGCGGUGUUAUGGUCCCCGGUGAAGAUGGAGAAAAUUUUUACGGCACACUUGAAAAAAUUAUGGAGUUCACUUAUUUAAAAGACUGCAGUGUUCUCUUAUUUUUGUGUAAGUGA